CCCCGGAAAAUAUCUGAUUAGCCCCCCUCCGGGAAAAGAUCUCCCUCCCUCCCUCCCUCCACCGCUCCCCGGCGAGGAAGUAGACCGACGGAUAGCCCACAGAACGCACGCUCUCCCCCCUCCCUUUCUCUCUCCACCUCCCUCCGCCCACUCCCACCCCCUACCUAUUCGCCGCCCCUCUCUCUCCUCCCACGACCCUCCCCCGCCGCCCGCGCCUAGGCCUAGGGUUCCGCCGCCCCGCCACCUCCCCUCCCUCCCGGCCGCCGCGGGCGGCGGAUCGCCGGAUCCGCCCCGAUCCGGACUGGAUGGUCCGCCCCGGCCGCGCCGCUCCGAUCUGAUCCGGCCGGCGGCGUUCCCGCGGGGGUUCGGGACUUUCUGGGCGGCGAGGGGGUCGCGCUGGGCUGCGUUCCGGAUUCGCGCGCCAGGCGGUUUCCUCCGCGCAAUCCUACUCGGAGUCGCCGCCGCCCCCGCGCUCGCGCCCGGGUGUCUAUAAGGAAGGGGUCGGGCGCUCCAGGUUGAGCCCCCCGGGAAGAGAUCGCGCCGUGCCUCAUCUCUCCGCGGAGAAGUCUGCGAUUUUGUGGCGGCGCGCCCGUGUGUUCGCGGCGGGUUUCCCGGCGCCCGAUCCGCGCCGGUUACUUUCCUGGCCUCCGUUGGGGGUGUGGGGGGAUUGCUCUGUUGCCGCGUCGCCUGAGGAGGGUUUUGAGCGCUCCUGCGUUUUUAGUCCCAUGGCGGACGGCGCUGAUGCCCCGAAGCAGUUCGGGAUAACCAAGCCGUUAUCGCUGCUUGGGCCGGUGGAGGCGGAUCUCCAGAGGACGGCGGAGUUGGAGAAGUUCUUGGUUGAGGCUGGCCUAUAUGAGAGCGCCGAGGAGUCUGCUAAGCGGGAGGAGGUGCUGGGGAAGCUUGGCCAGAUUGUAAAAGACUGGGUGAAGCAAUUAACUAGUCAGAGAGGAUAUACCGAUCAAAUGGUUGAAGAGGCGAAUGCUGUACUUUUCAACUUUGGGUCCUAUCGUCUAGGGGUUCAUGGACCUGGGGCUGAUAUUGAUACUCUUUGUGUAGGACCUUCAUAUGUGAAUCGUGAGGAAGAUUUUUUUAUCGUGCUGCAUGAGAUUUUAGCACAAACAGAGGAUGUGACCGAGCUACAACCUGUGCCUGAUGCACAUGUCCCUGUUAUGAAAUUUAAGUUCCAUGGAAUAUCAAUUGACCUUCUUUAUGCCAGUGUCUCCCUCUUAGUGGUACCAGCUGACUUGGAUAUCUCUCAAGGAUCAGUACUUUAUGAUGUUGAUGAAGCAACUGUCCGUAGUCUUAAUGGCUGCAGAGUAGCAGACCAAAUUCUUAGACUUGUUCCAAAUAUUGAGAAUUUCUGCACAACAUUAAGAUGUUUAAAGUAUUGGGCAAAAAGAAGAGGUGUUUACUCAAAUGUUACUGGUUUUCUUGGUGGUGUCAACUGGGCUUUACUGGUUGCACGUGUCUGCCAGCUCUAUCCUAAUGCUGUGCCAAGUAUGUUGGUCUCACGAUUCUUUAGGGUUUUUACCCAGUGGCGGUGGCCAAAUCCGGUUAUGCUUUGUUCCAUUGAAGAGGAUGAACUUGGUUUCCCUGUUUGGGACCCACGCAAAAAUCCUCGGGAUAAAUGUCAUCAUAUGCCCAUUAUAACCCCUGCAUACCCGUGCAUGAACUCGAGCUAUAAUGUUUCGACAAGCACACUGAGGGUCAUGAUGGAGCAAUUUCAGUUUGGUAAUAAAAUUUGCCAGGAAAUUGAAAUGAAUAAGGCCAGCUGGUCUGCUCUUUUUGAGCCUUUUCAAUUUUUCGAAGCAUACAAGAAUUAUCUACAGGUUGACAUCAUCGCGGAGGAUGAUGAAGACCUUAGACUUUGGAAGGGAUGGGUGGAAUCUCGACUGCGGCAACUAACUUUAAAGAUUGAACGUGAUACAUAUGGAAUGCUGCAGUGUCAUCCUUACCCACAUGAGUAUGCAGAUCCCUCUAGACAAUGUGCUCAUUGUGCUUUCUUCAUGGGCUUAUCAAGGAAAGAAGGUGUGAAAAUACAGGAAGGUCAACAGUUUGAUAUUCGUGGAACUGUCGAUGAGUUUAGGCAUGAAAUAAACUUGUAUAUGUUCUGGAAGCCUGGGAUGGAGUUAGCUGUUUCUCAUGUUCGGAGGAAGCAGAUCCCAGCUUAUGUAUUUCCAGAGGGUUAUAAGAGACCACGCCCUUCGAGACAUGUCAACCAUCAGCAGCAGUCAAACAAAAACGACCCUGAAGAUGGUUCAGCGACCAGAUCUCCGGACAGUCAGCUGAAGAGAAAGCAUGAUUCUGCUGGAACUGAUGAUGCUGAACCUGGCAGGUCUGCCAAGAGGUCAUCUGUCAGCCCAGCUCAUCCAAAAAAUUCAUCACCUCAAUCUGGGAAUGUUGGCGAUGAAACUGCAUGUAACAACCAAAUAAAAAGGGCUUCUAGUGAUGCGAGUGGUGGUAGCCAGGCUUCACCACAGGUAUCUGAGAGAAGCCCCGAUCCUGUUGCGUCUGUGCCCAGGUGUGCGGCAAUUGGAGCACUGUGUUCUGAUGAUGCAACUAGUAAGCAUGGUAUUCCUCUUGUUGAGGACUGCACCACCCCAAAUGUAGCUGUAUGCACAACUUUAAAGCGGGUAGCUGAGAAAGUUGUAUCAGAACUAGUUGGAAGUGAAAGGUUGGGAAGCACCAAUAGUGCUGAGUUCCUGGAGAGUAUGGAAAAAGAUGUCCUCGCUGAAAAUGUGCAUUUUGGUGGGAAUGGAGUUGCACAGGGUGGCCUUCCUGAAGAGUUAGAGGUAUGAACUUGGAUGCGUCGUGGAAGUCAUUACUGAGGGUUUGUGUGGCAUCAACUGCAUGAGAUUGGAAAAAAGAUGGUGAUGGACAAUUUCUGCCACCCUGCUGGAGUGGAAUGGUAAGUUGCUGAACUCACAAGUUUCCUUCUGGACACAGAUCUGCAAGCAUGGGGGUUUCGUGGAGAUGUGGAUGUUCAUGUCAAGCAACGACAUGGCAAAAGAAGAACAAAAAUCUCUUCGUUGAUGGGCACAAGUUGCUUGCUUGCUUGUAUGGUAGAUCUGCAUGGACGAUCAGUCUUCAGUUUUUACUUGUUGAGCAGCUGGCUCUUGUGUAUGAACUGAGCUGUAGCAAGCUUCUCUGAGUUGACUCGUUUGAUUCUCGGAGAUACCUUGCCCCACCAUGCUUUAGGUCUAGAAUAGAACUAGAUGGGAUGCUGUGUUCCUUAAGGCCCUUUGUACCUUUCCUCCCCCUUGUAAUAUAGGAUUUUGACUGAUUCUUAUGUGUUGAUGUAUGAUUUGUGCUU